UUCAUAGCGAUAUGCCCUAAUUUGCCAACGCUAUAUUAGUAUUCACCAAAUUUCGCAGACUCUUGGAGACGACAAAUCUAAAGCACUGCGAGGUUUCCACGCUUUUUCGGGUAGUGAUUUCACUUCCUUUUUUUGUGGCAGGGGCAAGCGUUCUGCAUGGGCAGCAUGGGACGAAUCUUUCACUAAUGCCUUUAAGGAGAUUUCCAACCCACAAACCGAAAUUUACCAUAAAACUGUAUGGCGAUUCACGUCCAGGUAUAAAUGAGGUGAGAAAGCAGAUGUUUGCUUCAGACGGUAAACACCUAGCUUCAAUUCCUCUUACAUGCGCUGCAUUGGAGGAGCACAUAAAGAGAGCAGCGUAUGUCGCUGGUCACAUCUGGGGCUGUGCAAAUCUUGUAAGGAAAAAUUGCACAAGUCCUGAAGGAUGGGGAUGGACUCUCGAUCUUGAGGUCAAUCAUUGGAAGGUUUUGUGGUCCAAGUUGCCACAGGUUUGGAAGGCAGUUCGUGCUUUAGAUAGAUGUGGCUGCGUGACAGGCUGCGAGACACUUCGGUGCAGCUGCCGGCGACAGGGACUGCCAUCUUCCCCUGCAUCCCAACAAUGUAUGGGGGAUUGCUCAAAUAAAGGGUAAAUUUAUUGAAUAUUUCCGAUACAAUCUACUACCGAACUUCCUAUAUUUAUUUUUAUGUGCAAUUUGUUUUAGUGGGAAUAACGCCGAAAAAGACAGGGACGUACUUGGCUAUAGCUCAUAGUUUAGUAGUUUAUAAUUUAGAUACUUCAUAUUUCUGUACCUACAUUUUUAUACUGUCCCUUAUAUUUAGUUUUUAUAUUAAACCUUAUAUUUUUGUUUUAUUUGUUGCUGUUGUUUAUUUUUAUUUGUUAAUGUGUAUUUUUACGUUGUUUUUAUGGGAUAAAAAAAAUACAUAAAUAUAUAUAUAAUAAAAUAUUAUUACAGUCUUUCACAUAUACACUUUCGAUACCCGCGGGCUAUUUCCAAUAUUAUAAAUGAACUCCUUGACCCGGAAAACAUAAGUUUAGACACCUUACACGACCCGGUUUUGGUUAAAGACAAAAUUCAAUCAAAAGUCAGCAAUUUUUUAAAAAUGGCGGCUUUUGACAGACUUUCAGUAUCUGCAUUACAUUUUUGGCAAGACCAUUAAAUUGCUUGGGUCCAAAUUAUAUGAAAUUGACACCCA